CGUGGACAAGACCCUGUGUUAAUGUUAUGUGUCUGUGUCUGUCCCUCCUGAGAGAGGUUUCUGCUGAGAAUGGCCGUUUCAUUUUGGUAGGCUUAUGAGUUAUGACACCUUCCUCAAGCUCGUUCUAAUCCUCUUUGUAUUUUUUCCUUCUUUCCGUCUUUUUUCCCAUCACCACCUUUUUAGUUUUGUGUUUACUUCAAUUCAAAGUUAAAACCUUUCCUUAGGAAUUCUCGUCAUUCCAGUUUGUAUGACCCCACACAUACAACACACCGUCUUCAAUUUUCCACCCCUUGGACGGUGCUAGUUUUUUCCAACACAGCGCACCCAUUGAUUUUCUCCUCGGAAUUCUUCAUUUUUAUGGCAUUUUCUUCAACCCCUUUUGGCCAAAAACGGAUCUUUCUUCUGCUCAUUUGAAGCUUUUUUUAUUUUAUUUUGUGAAAACAAAUGCUCCUUUGAAUAGUUGAAGGAGGGAAGGGAGGUAAUUUGUUGUUAUUUUUGGCUUUUUCUCACGUGUAUUGGGUUAGUGGGGUCGAAGAUGAAAAAGCAUGGAAAUGAAGAACAUGUUUUUGAAAUUGGGGUGGUGAUUCCUAGGAGAGUGGUUCAGGAAAAAGAUGAAUCAUGUGACUGUGCAUACGUCCUUGUAAAGGAGUUUGAGAAGGUGGGAUUUGUAGUUGAGAGAGUUAUUGGCAUUGCAGAUGAGUUCAUCAAGUUGGCUGCACCUUUGGAGACGUUGGGGAGGGCUGCAGCUGAACUACAAAUCAAGAAACGGACUCUUAUUGGUAUGGAUUUGCAAUUUGAGGUUGAGGAGGUUGAAGCUUUUGUGAAACAACCUGAUGGUUCUGUUUUCAGUUGGUAUGAGCGUUUUCAGUGCUACUGUCACUUGAUAUAUGGAAUAGUAAACAACAGCAAGUCAGUAAAAACCCUUAAAUUUGAUGGAAAAGAAAUCCAUUGGGAAAUUGGGGAGAAUCUGCUUCUAAAAUUGGAAUCAGUGGAAAUUGUUAAGCAAGUCUUUCCUUUGCAUGAUGAACAGAAGAGAAAGAAACUUCUUAGAAGUUGGGCACUUCAAUGGUGGGACUUCACUAGUCAGCCAAUCGAUGAGAUUUAUUCAUAUUAUGGGGCAAAGAUUGCAAUCUAUUUUGCUUUUCUUGGAAUGUUCACACGGUGGAUGCUCUUCCCUGCUGCAUUUGGGCUUACUUUGCAAUUGAUAGAUUUUGGGUCAUUGAAGUUAGUUGUGCUUCCUAUUUUCUUCAUCAUGGUGAUACUUUGGGCUAUAAUGUUUUCUCAGUUCUGGAAACGUAAAAAUUCUGCACUUUUAGCCAGAUGGCCUAUUAGUUCUAUAGUUGCAGCUGACCAAGGAUACAAGAUUUCAGGCAGGAAGUCGAGCUCCUGGCAGCCCCCAAUGGAACUCAUGAAAGUAUUUGAGACUGAUAGAGCUAAAGAGAAGGAAAUAUUCCAGAGACAUGAGUGGCUUGGGCGUCUUAUGCGAUUCAGAAAUGAUGCUAUCAUUAUCUUCAGCAUCAUAUGCCUCCAGUUACCAUUUGAGUUGGCAUAUGCUCAUCUUUAUGAAGUUCUUGAUUCUGAUAUAAUUAAGUUUGGGCUCACUGCUGUAUACCUUUUCGCCAUUCAGUAUAUUACCAAGAUUGGUGGCAAGGUGUCUGUCAAACUUAUCAUGAAUGAAAACAAUGAGAACACAGAAAAACGGGCUGAUAGCUUGGUCUACAAGGUGUUUGGUCUGUACUUUAUGCAGACAUACAUUGGAAUCUUUUAUCAUGCCUUGUUGCAUCGUAAUUUUUCAACUCUUCGCCAAGUGUUGAUUCAGCGACUCCUUCUGUCUGAGGUGUUGGAAAACUUGGUGGAAAAUUCAUUGCCUUAUCUCAAGUAUAGCUAUAAAAAGUACAGGGUUCGACACAAGAAGAAUGAGAAAGGAGAAGCAAGAGAAAAGUUCCAGUUUACUUCUAGAGUAGAAAAAGAAUACCUGAAGCUCUCUUACUCUGCUAGCAUUGGUGAGGAGCUUGAAGAUGGGUUAUUUGAUGAUUUCUUAGAAUUGGCAUUGCAGUUUGGAAUGAUUUUGAUGUUUGCUUGCGCAUUCCCACCUGCAUUUGCUUUUGCUGCUGUGAACAACCUUAUGGAGAUCAGGACAGAUGCAUUGAAGCUGCUAGUAAUUUUGAGGCGGCCUGUUCCUCGUGCCGCUGCAACAGUAGGAGCCUGGCUUAACAUAUUUCAGUUUCUUAUAUUGAUGUCUAUAUGCACCAACUGCGCUCUUUUAGCAUGGCUAUAUGAUGAGGAGGGAAAAUGGAAAAUAGAGCCUGGACUUGCGGCAAUAUUAAUCAUGGAGCAUGUCCUCUUGUUGACUAAGUUCGGUCUCUCUCGCUUCAUUCCUGAGGAACCUGCUUGGGUAAGAGCCAACCGUGCAAAACACACUACACAGGCACAGGAUAUGUGUUCUAAGAAGCUUUUAAGGACUAUUUCCGGAGGAGAUAAGACAUUUAGAGAGGGGAAAAAAUUGGAAUGAUGCCUUUCCAGCUUAUUAUUUACUUCAUUACCACUUCAACACGAGAGAAAGAAAGCUUAUGCUGGAUUGUCUUUCUAUUGUCUCAGUUUUCCAUGGCUGAAUUGUAUAUUAAGAAGGGAUUUUGCUUUGAUUGACCUGUUUAUCUUCCCUCUCCUGUGCCUAUAAAAUAGUUCAUACAACCCUACAGUUAGUGUUCUCCCUUUUAAAUUGUACAUAAGAAAAUUACUAAUUACUACAAGUUUUGUCAAGAAGUCAGUGAAACAAGGAUUGUAUCUUUUUGAGGCAUUUAAAUUUCAUUAUAGUUGUUUGAUUACGAAUUUGAGGAAUGACCAAAGGUGAUGAAUGACAAAUUGACAACACAGCAGUGGUGGCUACCUGAAAAUAUUUCUAGACACUCGAGUUUGUGUGUACUAGAGAAAGGAAUGUAAUUCAGAACAAAGUGUAUCUCUUAGCGGUUUAGUUACUGUCUUAUAUAUGUGACGAUUUGACUAGGACA